GUCGGUCUGUGGAGGGCACUGGCGCCCACGGGAGGCCCCACGUACACACCGCAUGUAUGGACACAUACACAGCCACACACACCGCACAUAUACACACAUACACACACGCCACACACACACACCACGCCACACACAUACCACACACAUACACCACACACAUCACACAUCUCCACACACACACAGACACACCCCACAUACACACACAUACCCCACACAUAUAUAUGCAGCCACACCACAUACAGACCACACCACACAGACGCAGGUGAGUCAAAAAUUAUCCACACUCCGGUUGUAUUAAAACUUCUGUAAAUUCUAUAGCCAGAGAGCAGAUAAUUUUUGACUCACCCUCGUAUGCACACAUACACACGAUACGCACACACUGUACACCACACAUAUAUACACAACCACGCCACAGACACACCACAUACAUCCCCCGCCACCCAGACCCUUCCCCCAGCCGGCUCGCAUGCCCCCCAGAAGUCUUGGUGUGAUUUAAAAGCACACAUGCUACAAACUUAGAAAAAGCAUUAUUUGAAAGGUUUUGUUGUUGUUGUUUUGGUUUCUCUGAUUGAAGAUGACACAUGUUCACUAAAACAAAAAAUUUAAAACUAAAAAAUGCAUUACGCAAAAUCCACAAAACCAAGUAAGUGUAAAAGAAAUCUCGCUGAGCUGUCCGAUGGUGACCUUGGUGAGUUGGUGGCAUUUACACUUCCGAGCUGCAGGGACGACAGGGCAGCUGCGGUCCCAGGGGGCUCCCGAAAGCAGCCCCUCGUGCAGCUGUCACUUCCUUUCGUCCCAGCGCGUCUGAAGUCAGAAGCUAACGCACCAUUCUUGCCACAGAGCACCUCAGGAAUUCAGGAGUUACUGGAUGUUGCUAAACAGGACAUUCCCUUUGACUUCUGGAAAGCCACCCCCCUGGUCCUCAAGGCCACAGCUGGUUUACGCCUGUUACCAGGAGAAAAGGCUCAGAAGUUACUGCGAAAGGUGAAAGACGUGUUUGAGGCAUCGCCGUUCCUCGUAGGGGACGACUGUGUUUCCAUCAUGAACGGGUCGGACGAAGGUGUUUCCGCGUGGAUCACCGUGAACUUCCUAACAGGCAGUCUGAAGACCCCCGGCAGGGGCAGCGUGGGCAUGCUGGACCUGGGCGGAGGGUCCACCCAGAUCACCUUCCUCCCGAGACUCGAGGGCACCCUUCAGACCUCCCCGCCCGGCUUCCUCACGUCCCUCCAGAUGUUUAACAGGACCUACAGGCUCUACUCCUUCAGCUACCUGGGGCUCGGCCUGAUGUCAGCGCGGCUGGCGGUUCUAGGCGGCGAAGAGGGGAAGCCUGCUGAGGGUGGAGCGGCGUUGGUCAGCCCUUGCUUGUCGCCCGGUUUCAGAGGAGCGUGGGAGCACGCCGACGUCACGUACAGGGUUUCAGGGCAGGAGGCAGCGGGGAGCCUCUACCAGCUGUGUGCCCGCCGAGUGUCCGAGGUCCUCCGAAACAAAGUGCACAGGACGGAGGAAGUGAAGGAUGUGGAUUUUUAUGCCUUUUCCUACUAUUAUGACCUCGCUGCAAACGUGGGCCUCAUAGAUGCGGAGAAAGGGGGCAGCCUCGUCGUCGGAGACUUUGAGAUUGCAGCCAAGUACGUGUGCCGGACGGCGGAGACCCGGCCACCACACAGCCCCUUCCUGUGCCUGGAUCUCACCUACAUCAGCCUGCUGCUCCAGGAGCUUGGCUUCCCAGGGGACAAAGUGCUGAAGUUGACCCGGAAGAUUGACAACGUGGAGACCAGCUGGGCUCUGGGGGCCACUUUCCAUUACAUCGACUCCCUGAGCAGGCAGAAGAGCCCCACCUCGUAGCAGCCGCGCUGCCGACCGUCCCCACAGAAGCACCGUCUCUGCGGGAACAGGCCUCUCUGGGACUGCCAACAUGUGGGGAGGGGGCCACGGUGUGGGCCGAGACCCUCCUCCCCACGACCUCACAGACGGGCCCCUGGACGCGCUGGAUCGCAGCCCAGGCCUUGGCUCCUGGUGGGCAGGGACCAGACAGGGCAAAGGGCACAGGCCGAGGCCAGGGAAGCACAGCCAGUGUCCCCACCGUCCCGUCGCAGGGCUGGGGCAGAUGUGACACGAGUCCUGCGAUGGGGGUCUUGUUUUGUCCCACUGCCCCCAGCGGGAGCCCCCUGGGCCCAUGGGCCGGGCAUCUCCUCCGUGGGUGUGGACUGUGACAUCAUCCAGAAGCCACUUCUUGGGUCCUCGGGUGGCUCAGGGUUAGCUGGCAGGUUGGCGCUGAGAGCGGCAAGAGGCGCUGGAGGAAAUGCCUCUUUGUGGCCCGUGUGCCCUGGCUCCUCAAGGUGUCUAAACGUGAGCGUGAGCUGCUGUGAAAUAUCUGUGUCUGUGUGUGAGUGACGUCUGUGUGGUGCUGAGUGCUCAUGUAGCAGCUGUAUUCUGAGCCCAGUGGAUGUAUUGCUGCCCUGAGCCGUUUGCAGCCGCGCAGUGUCAGCCGGGCUGCAGCCCUGGAUCUGACCUUGCGGCCCGUCCCCCGCAGGCCUGCAGGUGCAGGCUGAGCUGCACGCAGGAUGCCGUGUGUCCCAGGCCCACAGCCGCUCCUGUGGGAAAUGCACAGCUCUCAGAGUAAGCUGAACCUCCUGUGUUCCACUUGAAAUAAAGGGUUUUCUAGGGUUUCUGCUCCUCUGAUUCGUCUCAGUGA